CGGGGCCAGGCGCCGCGCUCGGCUCCGCCCGCUCCCUCAAGCGCGGAGCGGUGGCUGAGGCGGGAGCGGGGCUUCCUGCGCCGAGAGGCGGCGGCGGCCACGGCACCGGCGGCGGGGUGGGAAGAACCUAGAAUCACACACGGCACGUCUUAUACACUCACGUUACAUGGGAAAACUGUUUCCGUCUUCAGUGCUGCCCUAACUGUUACUGUAUGGACUCUUGCUCAGUAGCAUGGGAGAAGAGGAAGGACUACAUCAAGCACAGUUACUGAGGUUAAGCAUGCCAGUAGAAACUCGGGAGGAGCGAGGAGAAACUGCCUCUCUGCUAGGUGAAAUACAGCCGUUGAGAUGUUCGCUUCUGUGCGAAGCAGUGGCUCCUGACUUCCAUCAAGUUUGGAACUUAAUGGGAACCAGGAGCUGGGAGCCUCUGCCUCUCUCAGAUGCCACUCUCCGAAGCCAUGACUCGUGGACCUGCUCACCCCUGGUUCCCGAAUAUCGUCUUUGGGAUCCAGUCCAUAUGUUCCUGGCCCCUGUUGUACCACACUGGCCAUUCUAUAACCUGGACACAAUGUUUGUGCGAGGAUUAAAGAGAAAAUGUUUUGAUGGCGAAGAAGAUAUUGAAGGAACUCUGGCUGGUAUUAAGGCUAUUCCUUCAUAUAAUCUUCAGCGACAGUCACUUUUAGAUAUGUCCUUGGUUAAACUUCAGCUGUGUCACAUGCUGGUUGAACCUAACCUUUGUCGUUCGGUACUUAUAGCCAACACGGUACGCCAGAUCCAAGAGGAAAUGACCCAAGAUGGGACUUGGCAGAUGAUAAAUACACAGAGUACAGGCCAGGCAUCUGUGGAUCGUCUUGUUUCAACAGAUAUCCUCUGUCGCUCAUCUAGGGAACAGGCUGAGGGAAAGCAUGUUCCAGGUUACAGUACUUUCAGUAAAGACUUUGAGGGCGACCAGGCACAAGAUAGUUCAGAAACUAUGUCAACAGCCUCUUCAGUGCAAGCUCCGAGAAACCUGCAAAGUAAUGUGUGGGAAAUGGAGAAUCCACAGGAAAACAAAGGAAACUUUCAAAAGUCGUUAGAUCAAAUAUUUGAGACACUGGAGAACAAAACUCCUAAUUCAGUGGAAGACCUCUUUUCAGAAGUUGACAACUCUUACUAUGAUCUUGAUACUAUGUUAACAGGCAUGAUGAGCAACACGAAAAUGGGACACUGUGAUGGGCUAGAAUCAUUUUCUUCUCCGACAACUACAACUUCUAGCUCUAAUUGUAAAUCUGAUCUUAACGAGCUUGAUCAUAUUGUGGAAAUCCUCGUCGAAUCCUGAAACACCUUGUGUAGGAGAGAAAAAUCUGUUAAUGGAAAAAAGACUCGAGAAAGCUGUUUCCACAGUUUGUUCUAUCAAAUCUGCACGUGUAUUUUACAAAUAUCUAUAUAUUAUAUAGAUAUAUAUAUUAAAAAAGCACUUCAUAUUGCAAAAUAGUGUUAACUCUUAAAGUUAACCUGCAACUUGUAGUGUAAUAAUCCAAUUUCUUGUCCACUGAACUAUAAGUACGUACAGUAAAUGGUUAAGUAUGGGGUCCAAGGCUUUCAAAAUUGGGUUCCUUUUACCAGUUUGCUUCAUCCUUUGAUGGAGGACAUGCUCACUGAAAGGAAAGAUGAGAGAAUCACUCUUUCUUACCCUUCUCCCAGUGAAAAUGGUAAUAAAUAGAGAAGUUGGUGAGCUUUUUUCUAUUUUCCUCCGGUUUCUACUUUGUUACAGGACAUAACUCCUACUAUAUCUGCUGCUUCUGAUCUAAGUUGCUACAUGGCUCUUAAAGAGCAGUAAGCAAUGGUUCUUGUUACUCUAGCUAGCUUAUUCUGGGUUUUGCUACAAUUUUUACUUUAAAAAUAGUUUUAAAGUGUUUAUUGGUGUUUAGAUUUUUCCAGGUAUUUUCCUAAAAUAUAUUUUUACUACAGAUGUUAUGUCAGCUGCUAACUUAGCAACUUUUGAUCAUAACUGCAGUUGAUGUAUUUUUUGAAAGGUUUUCAAAAAGGGAUGCUUUUUUACUGUGAGCUACCCAAUGUAGUUCAGUAAAGUGUAUGUAAAUGUAAAUAUACGAUUUUAUACUUUACAUUAAAAUGUAAGAGCUGUUUUCAUGAAUCUGUUUUAUAGAGUAGUACUUUACUAAAUUGAGAAUUGUACAAUUAUGCUUUUUAUACCCCAUAUACUUGAGUAUCAUUAGAGGAAGAGCUCUGAUCCAACUAGAUACAAUUAAAUUUAAUUCAUUUCAGACCGUAUUUUUUGUUAACUGCAAACCUAAAUUACCUAGGUUUUUAUUUAUGUGUAUUUAUAUGUAAAUGUCAUCAAGUGAAUUGUUUAUCACUGAAGUCUACCAUCAAAUAUUUGUUUAUAUGGGAUAACUAUCUUGCACUAAUUACUACAAAAAGUGUUACUAGCGGCCUUUAAAUCUCAACUCGUAUGUCUUGAUGUUUUGUCAUAAUUAGUAUGCUCCACUCUUACCAAGGGUUUCCUCUUGCCUUUUUUUUUUUUUAAAUAACAAAAGAUAAUACAACAUGGGAUGGUGUUCAUUUCUUCAAGUAUUCACAUUUAUUCUGGAGUAUGUAUAAUUAAGUGUAUUCCUAUGAGACUUUUUUUUGGGGGGGGGGGGGGAAGGGUAGAUGAAGUACAGUGUAUGAUGAUGUUACACCCCCAAAAAACUUACCUCCAAGCUCGUGCUGGGGAAGAGGCCUGAGCUAGCAGGGAGGUAGGCAGGGGGAAGAUUGAUUGGUUUCUGGAAUGUUUUAGCGUUGGCUGCACAAGGGGAAGAUUAGCCUCCAUUAACUUGGUUGUUUUCCAUAGGCUUGAAUCAAGCAAGUCACUGAACAUGAAAAGAAUACGUUUCCAUGUCUGACAGACCAUGCCUUCCCACAAGUGACCUUAAUUACUACACGCUCUCUCUUCCAGGUUCUCAAACCCUCCUCCCCUUCUGGGAGAUGUUAAGGACGUUGCAGUGUCACCUCCACAAAAGGAGACCGCUGAGCUUAUGAUUUCAAAGUGCUUCAGAAGCAUCUGGUUUGGGGAAAAACAACGUUACUUUGAUAAAUUACUCAAACUUGAUAAUUGAAUACAUAUUAAUCCGUAUUUGCUGUAGUAGUUAAGCAUUGCUUCCUCAACUGUUGAUUAAUAAUCACAUUAAAGUAUGAAAUACUA